CGAGGUCUUGACGGGUGACGUAACCAGGAAAUGUAGACAGAUUCCAAAGCAGACAGAUUGUUUUUAGCUUUUAUUUUUUCCUCUUUAAGCUCAUUUAUUACCGAAGUUAUGCAAACGUGGAGUCUCGUAUCACUUUGUGUGUUGCUCGGGGUUGUUGUGAGAUGGGGCGUUUCGUUAAAUUCAUAUUCAGGGGCGGGGAAACCUCCCAUGUUUGGCGACUAUGAAGCUCAAAGGCACUGGCAAGAAGUGACCUACAACCUCCCUCUGCAGGAAUGGUACUCUAACACUACUGAGAAUGACUUGAACUACUGGGGUCUUGACUACCCUCCUCUGACUGCCUAUCACAGCCUGAUCUGUGCUUACGUAGCCAAGGCGAUAAACCCUGAGUGGGUGGAGCUCCACAAAUCCAGAGGUUAUGAAAGUUCAGCGCACAAGUUAUUCAUGAGAGCUACAGUCCUGGUGGCAGAUUUGUUGAUAUACAUCCCUGCUGUGGUUUUAUACUGUUUCUAUCUGACUGAUGGAUCCUCUAAAAAGAAGGUAUCCACUGUGUUGUGCUUCCUUCUAUACCCAGGCCUGAUUCUCAUUGACUACGGGCAUUUCCAGUACAAUGGAGUGAGUCUGGGCUUUGCCCUAUGGGGGGUUCUGGCUCUGGGGCUGGGCUGGGAUGCGUUGGGCUCCGUGGCCUUUUGUCUGGCUCUCAACUACAAACAGAUGGAGCUGUACCACGCUCUGCCCUUCUUCUGCUACCUGCUGGGGAAGAGCGUCAAACAGGGCCUGAUGGGGCAAGGGGUGUUCAUGUUGGCGAGAAUUGCUUCAACAGUGUUGGUGACUUUUGCCCUCUGCUGGCUGCCCUUCCUGUCUGACCCCGGUCACGCCAUGCAAGUGGUCAGGAGGAUCUUUCCCGUGGCUCGCGGCCUGUUUGAGGAUAAGGUGGCCAACACAUGGUGCAGCUUGAACAUCCUGAUAAAGAUCAGAUCCAUUCUGUCCAGUGACUCCCAGGUUUACCUCAGUUUGGCCUGCACUCUCCUAGCAGUCCUACCUUCCUGCAUCAGACUCCUGACGAAGCCGACCUUCUGGCAGUUUAAACUAGCCUUGGCCAAUUCAUCUCUGGCGUUUUUCCUCUUCUCCUAUCAAGUCCAUGAGAAGUCCAUCCUCUUGGCUGCCUUGCCUGUCUGCUUCCUGCUGAAUGACCUCCCCUUGGUGGUUAUUUGGUUCCUACAGGCCUCGACAUUCAGCAUGCUGCCUCUGUUUCUGAAGGACGGUCUGCUGGUGCCCUAUGUUGUGACCUCGCUGGCCUUCCUCUUCUUCAGCAUCUAUCUACUGUCUGCACUGGAGCACUGCUCAGAGGAAGAGCUGAGACUGGGAGCCUACCACAAGCUGCUUUUCUGCUUCCCCAAACUGGACCUGGCCUGGAUUGUAAGAUGGAAGUUCUACAUCAGCGUCGCAGCCAUGGCUGGUCUGAGCAUCGUGACUGUAGCUCUGGUUCCUCCACCACAUCUACCCGACUUGUUUCCUGUGUUGGUGUCUUCCACUGCUUUCCUGCACUUCUUGGGAACAUUUCUAUAUUUCAAUAUUGUCCAGUUCAGCGAGCCACCCAGCAGAAAGAGCCAGAAGAAGUACAACUGAAUGGUGCCAAAGGAAGCGAAGCUAGCGUUACACCAUGGGACACGUCUGCUCUUAAUGUGCAUGAAGGCUUUCACUCGUGCCAUCAAGUCUUCAGUGCAAAGAGCACAAAUGUAGAGCUGCAACGAUUAGUCCACAGAGAGAACAUUAAUUGGCAACUAUUUUGAUAAUCAUCAUUUAAGUCAAUUUUCAAGCAAAAACGACAAACAUUUGAUGGUUCCAGCUUCUCAAAUAUGACAAUUUUCUGCAUUUUCUCUGCUUGCAUUAUAGUAAAUUGAAUAUCUUUUGGUUUAAGGCUGUCGCUCAGACAAAACAAAAGAUUUUUCCACAUCACCUUGGGCGGCUCUCAAACAUUUUCCACAGUUUUCUGACCUUUUAAUGACCAAAUGAUUAACCAAGAAGAUAAUCUGCAGAUUUAUCGUUAAGGAAAAUAAAUUCUUAAAGGGACAUUGUGGGCUGAAAUCAUCAAUCAUACAAAAUGACAACUAGAGGAGCUGUGACAUCAACAGAAAGGGAACGGGUGGUGAUAUUUCGGCUUAAAAUCAUGAGAUCAGUCUUCUCUGUUACCAAAACUCAAUCUGAGUUAACAAACCUCUUUUCUUGAAUUAUAUUUUGCUUGGACCAAUGAUACUUAACUCUUCAAACUACACUGUAGCUGGCUAAUCCCGCAAGUGCAAACAGACGAGCAGUGUGCAGCCUACACAUUUGACCUCACAUAGCUCUGUGCCUGUAUGCUCAAGCUACAGGAGGUGGCCACAAUAAUAGGAACACCUGUUGUAAGGUUUAGUUGUUGUUAAGACCACGGGAGAGGUGUUGAUUUCAUUUUGUGGUAACUUUUUAAGCCAUAGUUGGUAAUGAUAUUGUAAGGUGUUCCUGUUAUUUUGUCCACCCUCCUCUGGGUAUUGUGAUUAAAGCACACACCCGAUGGGACUCAGGUCUAGCAGUAACUGUUGAUAAUUAUUCAUGUGAACCUUUUUUUACGGUUUUCUACUGUAUAUUUUCAUCCAUCAUUUAAGUUCUUUUGUACAAACUUAGUUUUUGUGAAAAUAAAUAAAAAAUUCUCAAUGACCUAAAGUGAA